UUCAUGUCUGGAAGGUUAUCAUGUCCAAAUCAGUGUUUACAAGGGUAACAGACGGGCAAAGAUGUUGUUACUAUUCUAUUUAUGUUGUUACAACAGCAUGUGUUCUUAUAAGUAUUGCUAUUACGCUUCAUUUCACAGUUGAAGAGGAACCUAUCCCAAGAAGUCAAAUAGGAUAUCUAACAUUGGGUAUAUUUUAUUUACCUGUUGGACUUCUCCUGCUGAUAAACAUGUACUUCUACUGGAACUGUACACGACAGAUUGGUAAACAGCUUGUGUACAACAGAUCUAUGCAGCACUUUCAGGUGAAUUUCGACCUGUUCAGUAAACUACUGAUGGUUCUAGCUUCUUGUUGUUUGUUCCAAACUCUUGGGUUUCUUGAUAUUGUUGCGCUCUACUAUAUAGGAAUGGUCUUCACUAUUCUACAAGGUCCCCUUGUAUUUUUGGUUUCCAUGUUUAGAACGAGGGUUGCAUAUCUUUUCAAAAAAUAUUUCUGCAAGGAGAACAGUUGUGUCUGCUGCUGUGGAGGAAAUGGAGAUUUUAUAGAACUUGCCAGCACUGAACUAUCUACUAUUGAUAAACUUAGAGAAAAGGUUGAGAACGAUGAUGUAGAAGUGAAUAAAAGUCUUUUAGACAGGUAAAUAAUAUAAUAUUUCAUCAACUUACAUCUGUACAAUCGUACAUGAGAAUUUUAGACAGGUAAAUAAUACAAUUAUACAACAAUUUACAUCUGUACAAUCGUACAUGAGAAUUUUAGAAUGCAUGUACAUAACUCAUUCUGUCAAUUGCCUACCUUAACCUUGUCUUAUAAAGUCCCUUUUGCACAGAAACUGGAUUAAUAAAUAUCAAUUUUAGCAAAGAAAAGAAUGAUGUGUUUAUAAUUCUAAAAGUUAUAAAGAGUAACGUCUAACUCUGAAUGUGUUUGUGGAAUAUAACCAUGUUUAAACGACAAAUUUAAUAAAUGGCAGAUAGGAUCCAUGAUACUUGGCAUUAUCGACUUAAAUAGGUUUGUAGAAAUAUUAUAUGGACCAGAGAUGUUUUUGUUUUUUUAAUUUGCUAACAGCAUCAUUUAUAAUAUCAGGGGUCAUAUUUGCAAAAACAAAGUUUCCAUCAGUUUUUUCUAAAAGAUAAUCAGAGAAAUUUUUUGUUGAGUUUGGGAUAUUUUUGGCUAGUUCAGGACCUAUACCAGGGAAAAACUUAUUGAAACCUUCAGAUAUUAAAGCUGCUCCUGUUCACAAAGGUAUCAGGGAUAUUUAAGCUGCUCCUGUUCACAAAGGUAUCAGGGAUAUUUAAGCUGCUCCUGUUCACAAAGGUAUCAGGAAUAUUUAAGCUGCUCCUGUUCACAAAGGUAUCAGGGAUAUUUAUGGAUUUGCACUCCCUACCUAAAUCAGUAUUUAUUGUUUGCCAAGUUUUUUUUACAAUCUCUUCUAAGUUCUUUAAACUUGUCAUCAUAAUAUUUUUUUCUUGCAAUCCUCACUAAGCGGGUAUAUACUUGUAUUGAGUGGAAUCAGUUUCAGGUUUCCUUUCAAUAAGACCCAGAGAACAAGUUUUGUCGAUGGGUCUUUAUAAAUGUUUAUUUUCAAUCUUCUCAUUUACACGAUACACUCGUCUAAAGCACAUAACUGAAAUAUACAAAAUAGUUAUGUGAGCUGAACAAAAGGAAUAAUACUCGAAAGAGGGAAAGGCAAGUUGGCAAGGAAAACACUCUUUUCUACCAGACACAGAUAGAUGAUAACUUCUUGA